AUGGACAAUGAUCUCCGUGUGACUCCCCGCCAGAUCUGGGCGAAUCCGACAACGACCUCAACUAAAACCUAUUCGUCUGGAUGUACGCCGUUUGUCUUACCUAGUGAUGGCAUUAUCCAUGUGAAUAAAUCCUAUGAGUUGACACUCACUGAGAAUGCAGUCUUUGAACCGACUUGUACCGGCGACUUGAGUGACUAUGUACAUGUUGCCGCCGUUCUUGAUACCCGCGAUCCGUUUUACUCGUCCGUCACGCCACAACUCUACGCCAUCGGGUGCUGUACGGUCGUCAGUUAUAUUCUCGUCAUUAUUCUACUCAUUACCCCGCGCACCUUCUUCGUUGGAGGCCCCGGUGGCGGCGGAGCGAAUUUCCUUGGCCGACAUAGCAUGAUCAGUAGAUCAUACAGCAGGAACUCAUCGAUUGUCGGGGUCGGCGGCCGGCCAUGGCUGCAGAAAGUGGCGGCGUUUCUCGUCGCCAUCUCGUUGACAAUCGCUACGGUAGACUCUUUCAGAGUGGCCGAGGCCCAGUACGAAUAUGGAUACUCGGAUGCCGAGGCGCUCUCCGAGGAGGUCAUUGAUGGGUUAGAGAUUCGCGUUGUGCGUAUCAUUUCACAAACAUUUCUCUGGCUGGCGCAGGUCCAGACCCUAAUUCGACUGUUCCCGCGACAUAAAGAGAAAGUCAUGAUCAAAUGGGCGGGAUUUGCCCUGAUUGUUUUGGACACGAUAUUCAGUAUUUUGGAGAGUUUCUUUUUUAAGAACAGUACCACACAUCCAAGACUAUACGACGAUGCGAUCCCGGCACUAAGCUACUUAUUUGAGUUGGCGCUCAACUUGCUAUAUGCCGCGUGGGUCAUUUUCUACUCUAUCUCAAAACACCGAUAUGCGUUUUUCCAUCCAAAAAUGCGCAACAUCUGUUUUGUGGCGUUAUUAUCACUAAGUGCUGUCUUAAUCCCAGUGGUAUUCUUUGUCAUGGACAUCGCAAAACCGGAGAUUGCCGGCUGGGGUACUUAUAUCCGAUGGGUCGGAUCGGCAGCGGCCAGUGUUGUAGUAUGGGAAUGGGUGGAGCGCAUAGAAGCGCUCGAGCGUGAUGAAACCAAAGACGGGAUUCUGGGACGGGAAGUAUUUGAUGGCGAUGAGAUGCUUGAGGUGACUCCUUCUGAAGAAGUUGACUGGCCACGAUAUCCACCCCAUGGUCAAGAUAAAGGUGGUGGAAACGGCGCCUCUUCAGCCUGGGGUGGAGUCAAAAAUCUAGCCCACCGACCUUUACGAACUCGAGUGGGGAUCAACCGUGCAAAUCGCAAUCGUGGAGCUGGUGGCUUUCCCCCCAUAAAUGGUGUCGUGGGAUCAAGACGCCAGAACCAUCGACCUACUCCGCCUCCAGCAGUCAUCACACCGGUCAGUCGAGCUGAUACCAGCAGUGCUCCCAGCACUGUAUAUAACGUUCGGUACCAUCCAGUGGCCAGCCCAACACCACCUGUGGCGAUGCCGCACAUGGAGGAAGAGGUAGAAUUGGAAGAAGCAAAAGAUAUUGAGAUCGAGGGAUAUCCUGCACCAGAUGAAGUGGAAGACCAGGCCCCUCCUCACGAUAGCAGAGAGCAAUCGCCACGCAUGGUCCAGGCCGAUCCGCGAUGGCGCAAUCUCAUCAACCAUUUUAAGCGAAGACGCGAGUCUCUCCCAAGGGAAGUCGCUUUUGCGCAAGCCACCGGGGAGCAAGCAACAAAUGAAGGCGAAGAGGGCGGAGAGGGCGAUCCUGACUUGUCGGCUGAUGAUCAUGAGCAACGUGCCACACAGGCGAGAUUGAAUAAUAAUUUCUUCUCGCUUCAUCGGCCGCGACUCCCGGGGACAGGUUCACAACCUACUGAUGCACCAUUGGCCGUCACAGUAAUUCCCGCCCGUCGUCGUGGACAACAAACAUGGUCCCCUCAACCUCGGAAUGGGUUGUUGGAAACAACACCUAGUCAACAUGAGCAGCAACAACAACAACAACCCCGAUCCGGCUACUCCAAUUCCAAUCUACCAGUCAGGGUUAUCCCUUCCCAACCAACCGCAUCUACACCAUGGGGCGAUGCGGGCCUGGAGAACGGAUGUGGGGACUAUGUUCUUCGCUAUGAUCCCGAAGCUGCUGCUUUGGUCAAUGAGCAUGUAAGCCAUUCACGAGAAGAACCUGUUACUAGUGACCGUGCUAGUUGGACAGCGACGACCGUCUCGGAGGAAGAUUUACAUCAAGAUGAUGAGCCUCAAGGUGCGCAGCAUCACAACGACAACCACGCACCCUCUUGA